AAUUCUAAGUUUGUAUGAUUAAAGUCCUUACAUUUAGAUAUUCAUGGCCAUAUCCGUGCCACUUACUUUGAAGAAUCGCAAUGUCUUCCUGUCGUAUAAUUACGAAUUUAAUUACUAUCAGCCCGAGCAUGUCUACAAGUACCCUCCGAUAUUGAUGGGUAACGAUUGGGAGGAUAGUUAUUUGACGUAUGGUACGACUGGAGGUGUGGAUAGUAGCAGCAGUAGCAGUAGAUCCUUUCCUUUUGUAUAUAAUAACGAUACAAAAAAGCUUCGACCUAGGCGCUCUUUGCCGAUCAUGAGUCGAACGAACUUCUAUAUAAUGCUCGAGGAUAAACUGGAGAGAUCAGGCUAUUCUGCCAAGCCGUGUCUCCUUCGCUUAAUUUGCGAAACCAAUGCCUCAACACUUGGCCAAGUCAAUGGACUCUUAGGCAGCAUAGUGCAUAUCAUAUUCACACCCAGCAGCUCGAGUGACGAGAAUUUGGACAAAGAUUAUUACCAAGCCGAAUGGGAUGGCCAUCGGCAUGGAGACUGCUCAUCUUAUGCGAGUCAAUGCGAAGAGAAUGUCUUGGACCUGAUCUCAAGGCCGUUGUACGAUGUUCUUCGGGAAACUAUGGACAGACGGAAUGGAGGGCAAUAA